GUCAUUGGCGGAGGCCUCGUGCGUAUCUUUCCCGCGAACGGAACGCGCUCGCGCAGUGUGACUGGCAGAUGUCGAAGACCUGUUGACCUGUCCCUCUUCUGGAGUACAAAACGACAACACGGACCCGAAGACUCGCAAACAUGUCGAAGCAAAGCUCGCUUUUCAAUUUUUUCUCCAAGUCUCCGCCGCAGGUGUCCAAGCCGAAGCCGAAGCCGAGUCCCUCUCCGGCCGAGGCAGACCUGCCUUCCUCGGUGGAGAAGUCCAACUCCUCCCCGAAGGAGCAAGCUAAACAGACGCCACAGGAACAACAAGCGGCCAAGACCAACAAGGCCAAACCGAAGAGCGAGUCCAAGUCUGCGAAAGGAGGAUUCAAGAAACUGUUCGGCGACAAUGCCCCGACGACUAAAGAAAGCAGCUCCACAUGCUCAUUCAGUGCCGGUGCCCUUGUGUGGGCAAAACUGGAGGGACACCCCUGGUGGCCUUGCAUGGUGGUACCCCAACCCCUGACAGGACAGCAGAUGAGAGGCCGUGGUCGAAAACAGCGCAUACAUGUCCAUUUCUUUGAUGAACCCCCUACGAGAGGAUGGGUCAGCAUCAAAUUUAUCCGAGAGUACCAAGGCUCUGACAGCAGUGAUGCUAAAAUCGGAGGGGUGUUCUUCAGCGGCAAGCCAGUAAUCCGUCACGCGAUGGAGCUCGCUGACGGAGUCAUGUUUGACAGCCCUGAUAAAAGAUUAAAGAUGCCUCUCUGCACAGAUCCAUCUGAUGAGGAAGAAGAUGAGGAUGAAGACAUGGAGGUUGACAAGUCUGUGUCUGAUGAAGAGGUCAGUGAUGAGGAUGACCAGAAAAAUGAGGAAGUGAAGUCAUCCAAAGUCAGUCGCCGUUCAUCCCGGGCUUUAACAGAAAAGAGCAACAAUGCCAAGCGGCGUCGCAUUGUCGUUGCCUCAGACAGUGACGACUCGGGCGAGGAAUUCAAGCCAGAGCAUGCUGCGUCCAGCAGUGACGAUGAAGAGGAAGAAGCAGCGGUGAGUAGUGAAGGGGAGGAAGGGGAGAGCACACAAGAGUCCGAAGUAGAAAGCCCCAUCAAGCCUGCGAAGCGCAAACGUCCUGCGGAGAAGUCUGCUAGUACAAAAGCCAAAGUGGCCACUCCCCCGCCUGCUGCGCCCAAACGAGCUCCGGCACCUCUCACCGCCGACACCAAGUCUCGCUUGUCCGCCUUCUCUGCCCCCGACAGCUUUGAGAGCCAGGCAAAUGGUUCGGGCGACAGUGGAGGCGCAACAGUUUGGGACCAUGACAAACUGGAGUGGUUGCAGGAAGGCAGGAGGAAAGACAGCCGAAGGCGGCGACAGACGGAGGAUGACUACGAUCCCACCACCCUGUACGUGCCUGAAGACUUUCUAAACAGGAGUAGUCCUGGUAUGCGUCGCUGGUGGCAGCUGAAGUCUGAGAUGUUUGACACGGUGAUCUUCUACAAGGUGGGGAAGUUUUAUGAGCUCUACCAUUCCGAUGCUGUGAUUGGAGUCAACGAGCUGGGGCUGACUUUCAUGAAGGGGGCCUGGGCGCACUCAGGCUUUCCAGAGAUCGGGUUUGGACGUUUCUCAGAUGUACUGGUCCAGAAAGGCUACAAGGUGGCUCGAGUGGAGCAGACGGAGACCCCAGACAUGAUGGAAGCACGCUGUAAGACCAUGCUAAAGCCCACAAAGUUCGACCGUGUGGUGAGGAGAGAGGUGUGCCGGAUCAUCACGCGCGGUACCCAAACCUACAGUGUGUUGGACGGUGCACCUUCAGAGAGUCAGAGCAAGUUCCUGCUGAGUUUAAAGGAGAAGGCGGGAGAGGAAAGCUCUGGUCAACACCGCACCUACGGAGUCUGCUUCGUGGAUACCUCCGUGGGUUAUUUUCACGUUGGCCAGUUCCCCGACGAUCGACACUGCUCACGCCUGCGCACCCUGAUUUCACACUAUGCCCCUGUUGAGGUGCUCUUUGAGAGGGGGAACCCAUCUGUUGAAACGCGCAAAAUACUCAAGGCCUCCCUGUCCUCCGCUCUGCAGGAAGGACUCAAUGCAGGAACACAGUUCUGGGAUGCACAGAAGACUCUUAAAACCCUCUCGGAUGAAGACUACUUCAAAGACACCACUGGCAAGGAGCAGGGAACUGGGAGCCAUUUUCUCCCCCCUCUUCUGAAGAAGAUGACCUCCGGGAGUGAUUCCCUGUGCCUUACUCCCAAGGAGGGCUGCGAGCUGGCACUGUCAGCACUGGGCGGAUGCAUUUUCUACCUGAAGAAAUGUCUGGUAGACAUGGAGCUGCUCUCCAUGGCCAACUUUGAAGAAUAUGUCCCCGUUGAUGUCGAGAUGGAGAAAGCCGCUGGACCUGCCAGUUUCUUUGCCAAGACUAGUCAGCGAAUGGUCCUUGAUGGAGUGACGCUGGCAAACUUGGAAAUCUUUCAGAACGGGGCAGGAGGAACAGAGGGGACGCUGAUGGAGCGUUUGGACACGUGCUCGACCCCCUUUGGCAAGAGGCUGCUGAAGCAGUGGCUCUGCGCUCCGCUGUGUAACCCCACGUCCAUAAGGGACAGACUGGACGCGGUCGAGGACCUGAUGGGAGCUCAGGCCCAGGCUACUGAGGUUUCAGACCUGCUGAAGAAACUCCCAGAUUUGGAGCGUCUCCUGAGCAAAAUCCACAGCAUCGGUACUCCCCUGAAGGGCCAGGACCACCCUGACAGCAGGGCAGUUCUCUACGAGGAGGUCACCUACAGCAAGCGCAAGAUAGCAGACUUCCUUUCCACACUGGAGGGUUUCAAAACUAUGCAGGAGAUUAUUUCUGUCCUCUCUCCAGUUUCCGGUGAAUUUCGCUCCUCGUUGCUUCGUCAAAUUGUCAGUCUUAAAAGUGAGGAGGAUGGCCUCUUUCCCGACCUCUCUGUGGAACUCAGGCGCUGGGAGACGGCUUUCGACCACCAGAAGGCCCGCACCACUGGUGUCAUUACCCCGAAGGCUGGCUUUGACCCCGAGUUCGACCAGGCCCUGACCGGGGUGAAGAACUGUGAACAAGCGCUGCAGGAUUACCUGGACAGACAGAAGAAGAGACUCGGCUGUAAGAGCAUGGCCUACUGGGGAACGGGGCGGAACCGCUACCAGAUGGAGGUCCCCGACAGCUUCUCCGAGAGGAAUAUUCCCGAAGAGUAUGAGGUGAAGUCCACAAAGAAAGGAUGGAAGCGCUAUGUGACGCAGGAGACUGAGCGACUGUUCUCAGAGCUGCAGGGAUUUGAGGAGAAGAGGGAUGCGGCCCUGAAGGACUGCAUGAGGAGGCUCUUCUUCAACUUUGACAAGGACUACAGAGACUGGAAGACUGGCGUGGAGUGCAUGGCAGUGCUUGAUGUACUGCUGGCCUUGUCACGCUACAGUCAAGGUGGAGACGGAGCAAUGUCCAGGCCACAGGUGGUGCUCCCAGAGGAGUAUGACCAGGUGGAGCCCUUCGUCGACCUCGUCGGAUCCCGCCACCCCUGUGUCACCAAGACCUUUUUCGGUGACGACUUCAUUCCCAAUGAUGUCUUCAUUGGCUGCCCCGGCAGUGGUGAGAACAGUGAUGAGAAAGGUCACGCCUUGUGUGUACUCGUCACGGGGCCAAACAUGGGCGGAAAGUCCACUCUCAUGAGACAGUGUGGGCUUGUGAUCAUCCUCGCCCAGCUGGGUUGCUACGUUCCCGCCGAAACCCUGCGGUUCACACCCGUUGACAGGGUCUUCACUCGCCUGGGAGCCUCAGAUCACAUCAUGGCUGGAGAGAGUACCUUCUUUGUGGAGUUGAGCGAGACUGCCAGCAUCCUGCACCACGCCACCACUCACUCACUCGUCCUCCUGGAUGAAUUAGGAAGGGGCACAGCCACAUAUGACGGCACAGCGAUCGCCAGUGCUGUUGUGAAGGAGCUCGCUGAGAAGAUCUGCUGUCGCACCCUCUUCUCCACACAUUACCACUCUCUGGUGGAGGAUUACACCAACAACCCCGCUGUGCGGUUGGGCCACAUGGCGUGCAUGGUGGAGAACGAAUGCGAGGAUCCAAGUCAAGAAACCAUCACGUUCCUCUACAAAUUCAUCACCGGUGCUUGUCCCAAGAGCUACGGCUUCAACGCUGCUCGACUUGCCAGCCUGCCAGAGGAAGUCAUUCAGUCGGGACACAGGAAGGCCAGAGAGUUUGAGAAGAGCACCAUCUGCCUCAGACUGUUCAAGAAGCUCUGUCAGUUUGCUGAGGAUGCUACACGGGACAACACACACUUUGCUUCACUCCUUCAGAUGCUCAACAGCCUGUAGUUUGUAAAAGAGAAUUUGUUCUUGCUGAAGUUUUGUUUGGUCAGCACUUGAGAAAAAAACACUACUGUCAUGAUCUAAUAAAGUUUAUUUUUAAAAAAAAA